GCUGUGUACUCUCAUCACAGGUUUCGGCUUUGUAAAUUAAUUCGUCUGCAAAUAGUGCCCUGACUCCAGAUGCAGCUUCUUAAGGAUUUAACUUUAAAGUCAAGGGCUUCCUGCAGUAGAUGUUAUAUAAGUAGUGUCAUUUUCUUUUUUCUCCGGAGUUUGUUCAUCCAAUCAUAUCCCAGUAUGCAAAUAAACUUUAGCCCGUGCAGAUAAAAAGGAACAAAUAAAGCCAAGUGCUCUAUCAGAACUAAAUCGCUGAGCCUGUCACUUGUAUUUCAGGAUCUGAACCAGAAAUGUCGUCCUCAGGCAUGCCAGACUUACCUGUCCCAGUUGCCAAUUUGAAGUUUCAAUAUACUAAGAUCUUCAUAAACAAUGAAUGGCAUAAUUCAGUGAGUGGCAAGAAAUUUCCUGUUUUUAAUCCUGCAACUGAGGAGAAACUCUGUGAGGUUGAAGAAGGAGAUAAGGAGGAUAUCAACAAAGCAGUGAAGGCUGCACGACAGGCUUUUCAGAUUGGCUCUCCAUGGCGUACUAUGGAUGCUUCAGAUAGGGGACGGCUACUGUACAAGUUGGCUGAUUUAGUUGAAAGAGAUCGUCUGCUGCUGGCAACCAUGGAGUCCAUGAAUGGUGGAAAACUAUUUCCCAUUGCGUAUAUGAGGGAUUUAGAAGGCUGCAUUAAAACAUUACACUACUGUGCAGGAUGGGCUGAUAAGAUUCAAGGCCGCACUCUACCUAUAGAUGGAGAUUUUUUUUGUUAUACAAGACAUGAGCCUAUUGGUGUAUGUGGCCAAAUCAUUCCUUGGAAUUUCCCGUUGGUGACGUUCAUUUGGAAGAUAGGGCCUGCCCUUAGCACCGGAAACACAGUGGUGAUCAAACCAGCAGAGCAAACUCCUCUCACUGCUCUUCACAUGGCAUCUUUAAUAAAAGAGGCAGGAUUUCCUCCUGGAGUAGUGAAUAUCGUGCCUGGCUAUGGGCCUACUGCAGGGGCAGCCAUUUCUUCUCACAUGGACAUAGACAAAGUGGCCUUCACAGGAUCUACAGAGGUUGGCAAAAUAAUCAAAGAAGCUGCUGGGAAAAGCAAUCUGAAGAGGGUGACCCUGGAGCUCGGUGGAAAGAGCCCUUGCAUUGUGUUUGCUGACGCAGACUUGGACAAUGCCGUUGAGUUUGCACACAUUGGAGUAUUCUACCACCAGGGCCAAUGUUGUAUAGCUGCAUCCCGGCUUUUUGUGGAAGAAUCAAUCUACGAUGAGUUUGUUCGAAGGAGUGUCGAGCGGGCUAAAAAGUAUGUUCUUGGAAACCCUCUGACCCCAGGAGUCAAUCAAGGCCCUCAGAUUGAUAAGGAACAGUAUGAAAAAAUACUUGAACUCAUUGAGAGUGGGAAGAAAGAAGGAGCCAAAUUGGAAUGUGGUGGCGGUCCAUGGGGUAAUAAAGGCUACUUUAUCCAGCCCACAGUUUUCUCUAACGUUACAGAUGAGAUGCGCAUUGCAAAAGAGGAGAUAUUUGGACCUGUACAGCAAAUCAUGAAGUUCAAAUCUUUAGAUGACGUGAUCAAGAGAGCAAACAAUACUUCGUACGGCUUAUCAGCAGGAGUCUUUACCAAAGACCUCGAUAAAGCCAUAACAGUCUCCUCUGCCCUGCAGGCGGGGACAGUAUGGGUGAAUUGCUACAGCGUGGUAUCUCCCCAGAGUCCCUUUGGUGGAUUCAAGAUGUCUGGAAAUGGACGAGAACUGGGAGAAUAUGGUUUCCACGAAUACACAGAGGUUAAAACCGUCACAAUGAAGAUUUCUCAGAAGAACUCAUAAAGUAACUACAAAAAUGGAGAGAAGAAUCCUCAAUGGCUGAGCAUCUCCUACAGUCGCUAAUCUAUGAUAGUGUUUAAAAACAACAUUAUUCUUUUCUUGAUUUUUUAAACAUAAGCUAAUCAUAUUAGCAUUAAUACUAUACGUAGUAUACUUGAUGUAUAGCUUAUACUGAAUCAUUUACCUUCUGAUAUGUAACCCCCAAAUCCCAUCUAUAAUAAAAAGGAUAGAUUUAGAUGGAAGAUCUCUCUAGCUCCUAAUAAUCAUGUGCUUUUGUUUGUAGCUACUUGUUCAGGAUAAUCAUUUUAUAGAAGAAGACCAGUUGUCACUUCGUGUUUUUUCAAUAACAGCCUUGAAAUACUUAACAUACCUGUUAACUGCAGAGAUGUGUGCUGUUCACAGUAGUUGUGAAGUCCUUGGAGUUUGUUGACAUGUUUCCUAGAAUGUCAUGUGUGCUUGUCAAAUUAAGUACUAUCUGAAAUACUUAGCUAUAAUGUAAACAUAAAGCUUAAUAAAACCAAUCUUGCAUGAUUCUUGU